AUGUCCCCCAAAUCCAAACUCAUCACCAUAAUCGCCGGCGUCGGCCCCGGAACCGGCGCCUCCGUCGCCCGCAAAUUCAGCCAAACCUACCCCGUCGUGCUCCUCGCCCGCACCCCCGAAUCCUUCUCUUCUCUCGCCUCUGAAAUAAACGCCGCCGGCGGCCGCGCCCUCGGCAUCGCCACAGACGUAUCCUCUUCUUCCAGCCUGUCUUCCGCCCUCUCCAAGAUAAAGAGUGAGUUUGGAGAUGGGGUGGGGGUUGCAGCAGCGAUUUUCAAUGCGUCUGGUGCGUUUAUGCGGAAGCCGUUUUUGGAGAUUCCGGUCGAGACUUUUGAGAAGGGGUUGGGGGUUAGUGGGAUGGGGGGUGUGUUGUUUUCGCAGACUUUCUUGCCGUUGUUGCUUAAGGGUGUGGAGAGGGGGAGUGAGGACAGUUAUCCGCCCAGUCUGAUUUUUACGGGGGCGACGGCGAGUGUGAAGAGUAAUGCGCAAAUGGCGAGUUUCUCGACGGGGAAGUGGGCGUUGAGGGCGUUGAGCCAGAGUUUGGCGAGGGAGUUUGGACCGCAGGGUGUUAGUGUUUAG